GAUGUCUUCAGAGAGCUGGUGGCGAAGUAAACAAGUCCAUUGAAGACUUGAACAAAUGGGCCCUAUUUCUUGUUUCUCCUUUUAUACUUGAAGCAGAACAUGUAGCAUUUGUGACAGAGAGCAUUUGGGUACAAGGUGAGACUUUACAGAGACCAUCUUCCUCUUCAGAAACAAUUGUAAAGUGGUCGGACUGUUGCUUGCCAUUAGCUUGCAGACCUGGGGAGCCUUAUCGAUUAAUUGCUGAAGCAAGUGUGGAUGAUUUCAGCAAACUGGGAGUGGCGUUCAUGGAAGAUAGACUCCAGAUGGAUAAUGGACUGAUACCCCAGAAGAUUGUUUCCGUGCACUUGCAGGACUCUGCUCUAAAGGAACUUAAGGAUCAGGCUUUAAACAAGCCAGCUCAAGUCCUGCAGCUGAGCCCUGAACCUGCUUUGGAGAUCGAGCCCAAGCAGGACGUCAUGGAGCACGUUGGCAAAGACGGCCCGAGGGUUCUUGGUGAAGAACCGAAACAGAGGAGGGGCAGUGCCUCUGGGAGUGAGCCUGUGGGGGACAGUGACAGGGGAGGGGGCUCUGUUGAGCAUUACCACCUCCAUCUGUCUAGUUGCCAUGAGUGUUUGGAACUAGAGAACAGUACCAUUGAGUCAGUCAAGUUUGCAUCUGCAGAGAACAUUCCAGAUCUUCCCUAUGAUUACAGCAGCAGUUUAGAGAGUGUUGUUGAUGAGACCUGCCCUGAAAGGGAAGAGAAGAGAGUCAACAUCACGGGAAAGGCACCCAACAUUCUCAUCUACGUGGGCUCCGACUCCCAGGAAGCCCUCGGCCGGUUUCAGCAGGUCCAAUCUGUCCUGGCUGACUGCGUGGACACCGACAGUUACCUUCUCUACCACCUGCUGGAGGAAAGCGCUCUCAGAGACCCGUGGCCAGACAACUGUCUGUUGUUGGUCCUGGCUACCAGGGAGUCCAUUCCCAAAGAUCUGCACCAGAAGUUCAUGGCCUACCUUUCUCAGGGAGGGAAGGUGUUGGGCCUAUCUUCGUCCUUCACAUUUGGUGGCUUUCAGAUGACACGCAAGGCUGUCCUGCAGAAAACAGUCCAGAACUUGGUCUUCUCUAAGUCUGACCAGAGUAAGGUGACACUCAGCAUCCUAAGCAGUGGCUGUGUUUACGAGGAGGUCCCUGGAGAGCAGCUUAGUCUGGGCAAGCUCCAGGGCCACCUAGAGAACAAGGACCAGGACAGGAUGGUUAUCCAAGUGCCUUUUGGAGCAUGUGGAGGAGAAGCUGUUCUUUGCCAGGUUCACUUAGAACUACCUCCCAGCUCCGACAUAGUGCAAACUCAAGAAGAUUUUAACUUGCUGAAAUCGAGCAAUAUUAGAAGAUAUGAAGUCCUUAAAGAGAUUCUCACAAGCCUUGGCCUCAGCUGUGACCUAAAACAAGCUCCUGCCUUAACACCUCUUUACCUGCUGGCGGCUACGGAGGAAAUCUGGGAUCCUCUUAUGCAAUGGCUGGGGAAGCAUGUGGGUCCUGAAGGAGUAAUAAAAUCCAGCAAGCUCUCUCUUAAAUUUGUUUCAUCCUGCACAUCUGAGAUAGAAAUAACCCCGUCUUUUAUACCUGUGGUUACUGACACGGAGGCCUUCUCAUCAGAAAAUUUUAACUUGGAGAUAUAUCGGCAAAAUCUUCAGACCAAGCGAUUUGGAAAAAUAAUUCUCUUUGCUGAGGUGACACCCACGACAAUGAGUCUGCUGGAUGGGUUGAUGUUUGAGAUGCCGCAGGAAACGGGAUUAAUAGCCAUCGCGGGCCGGCAGACGCAGGGCAAAGGGCGGGGAAGGAAUGCGUGGCUGAGCCCCGUGGGGUGCGCUAUUUCCACUCUGCUCAUCUCCAUCCCACUGAGAUCCCAGCUUGGUCAGAGGAUUCCGUUUGUCCAGCAUCUGAUGGCUCUGGCGGUCGUGGAAGCAGUGAGGUCCAUCCCUGAGUAUCAGGACAUCAACUUACGGGUGAAGUGGCCCAACGACAUUUAUUACAGUGACCUCAUGAAGAUCGGUGGAGUUUUGGUUAAUUCAACGCUUAUGGGAGAAACGUUUUAUAUACUUAUUGGCUGUGGAUUCAAUGUGACUAACAGCAACCCUACCAUAUGCGUCAAUGACCUCGUCGCGGAAUACAACAGGCAGUACCAGGCAGAACUGAAGCCACUAAGAGCUGAUUAUCUCAUUGCUAGAACUGUGACUGUGCUGGAGAAACUGGUGGACACCUUUCAGGACCAGGGGCCCAGUGCCGUUCUUCCCCUUUAUUAUAAAUAUUGGGUACACAGUGGUCAGCAAGUCCGUCUGGGAAGCACCGAGGGCCCAAAGGUGUCCAUAGUCGGUCUGGAUGACUCUGGCUUCCUUCAGGUCCAUCAGGAGGGCGGCGAGGUGGUGACCGUGCACCCUGACGGGAACUCCUUCGACAUGCUGCAAAACCUCAUCCUCCCCAAACGGUGCUAGGCCUGGGCCUGCGGGCGGCCUGGGCCUGCCGCCCUGACUCACGGGGCCAGCUCGUAGGCAGUGGGCAAGGACGCCACUGGGCUGCCUUGGGUCAGGGCUGGGUAUGGAGCCAACUCAGUCAGCAUUCCGCCUCCAUCCCGCACCUGGCCCUGCCCAUCUAGAAACCUACGGUAGAGUGUAGGUGAAGUUUCUCUUACUCCAAGUCAUUUGUUAACUUUUUCAUGUGUUAAUUAUUUGGGGUUUUUUUUUUUAGGUUCAUUUUGUUGUCAUUUUAUUUGGUGUUUGAAGAGGCUCUGGGAUAGAGGGUUGAGGAAUAGAAGGUUUAACUUAGAUGAAGCCCUCCUGUAGGUGUGAAGUCUCUUAGGUUUAUGUUUAUUGGGUGGGGUGGGGCUGGAGUUACAUGGAAAUAUCAGUGGAAUAAUUGAAAUAUUUCCCCAGUAGUGGAGACCUUUAGUGGAGACUAUUAAAAAGCAAAUCAAAGAAUGCUCUGGCGCGCAGGUCGGCGAUGAAUUAGAGAAGAAUGACAGUAUCACUGUAAGCAUCUAGGGAGGGAUUUUCCUAUAAGAACACACAUGAACACUUAGUCAUUAUUUUAUUUAUUUAUUUUGUUAAUGUAGAAAAGAGAAAACAGACUUCCAGGAGUUAUUCUCCGCCUGGUGGUGGUAUGCUCCAAUAGCAGUGUCUAAACGGCUUUUGAGGUAUACCUAGCUGAUACAUUGCAACAACUUGUAGAGGAAUCAGUUGAGGACUUUGAUAUUAUUUGAUGAGAAUUUAAAUUUACUGCAUAUUGUGAGGAGAUGGCGUCAAGCUCCAGCUCCUUCGAGCACUGAUGAGGCAUCACUUGGAUGUGGGGGUGGAUGAUUUGGCCCUGACAGCUGGAGAUGAAGUCUCACUCUCACACCACGUGCAAGGGAGGAUUUGGGUCUUUUAAGCCAUUUUCAGGUUCACUUUGAAAUAGGGAGCAUUCCUGCAAGGCUUUGCAGAGCACAGAAUGUAGAAAACCCGUACAUGACAUUUUGUUUGUAAGUCAUUAUCUUUCAUUCACUAGUCCUUAUAUUGCCCAGAAAGAAAACAUCAUCAGUCCUGAAUACCAUCAGCUCAGAAAGAGCGUGUGUGUGUGUGUGUGUGUGUGUGUGUGUGUGUGUGCCCGGAGUGUGUGUGCUCACACACAGCAUUAAGACAGUCAGAAUCUGAUGCACUAAAAGUCUCCAUGGAAGAACAAAAGAAAGGAAGCCUUUUGAUAUGCGUUUGCUAUUUCCAGAUGUACUCCAUGCUUUUUCCAUGUAAUUCCUAUCUCUGUUGAACUUAUGAAUCACACCCAUUACUUUCAGCCAUAAAAGGAGAGUUUUUGUCCACUUUUCUCUCUUCCUGCCAGUCCCAACUGAAAUUACUGGAAAGAAAGUUUGAAGGAGCUUUCAGCUUUGAACAAAAUUCCUUCAUUGUAGACUCAGCACCAUCUUUAUCCAGGUCUAAACUCUGUCAGGCUAAUUCCACAAACUUGUGGGUUUUGGUGUAAAAUCUGUCUACCUUUAGUCAGACACAGACAGCCCCAUAGAAAGAAAAAAAAAAAAAACCAAAACGACAUGUUUAGUAAAAUACACCAACUCAAUAUAUGUAUAUUUUUAAUGUAACUUAAAAGCAAUUUCUGCAAAUAAGGGUUCAGUUAGAAUUAUUUUUCAAAAAAAAAAAAAUUAUUGUCUCCUAAAUGCCGCGUCUUCUUUUGGAGUUAGUGACAAGUUUAAAUAAAAGUCCACAUUAUCCUAAAAUUAUAGAAGGGACUCACCCUUGAAAGGGCGUCUGCAAAGUAUCAUCAGGGACAAAGGUCUCCAGGCUAACGAUGCAAGUUUCAUUUCUCAAACUUUGUAAUGUGAGGCAAGUCAUCUCUCGGAGCUGCCAUCAUUACUUUUUGAAUGUCUUUGGGGGGUUAUUUAAUGAAAAACAUGCUAUGUUUUGUUUUAAGCUGGAGUUCUAUUCUGGACAUUUUGCUUUGGGAAAAAUGUUAUCAUUUAAUUUCCUUUCUGCAAAUUAAAACUAAUGAAGUGUGGCCACGUCAAAGGACGCGGAGAUGUUCAGGGCACGCUGCUUUUCCCCUGCGCUUCCUAAUAGGCUGUUCUUCCUUGAGCAGGAGACCCAGUUGUCUUAAGGGAGACAAAAUAGCCUUGAAGCAGAUGCUGUGGUUUCCAUAAACCUGAUUUUGCCUCCCAUAAACCAAAGAAACCUUGAAAUUCUGCUUCACAUCAAGUAGCUGAAUGAAGGCAUUUUACCUCUAGCUGUUAGUGCCCGGGAAACCCCUCCACCUACUGCGCCUCACUCUAGGAUUUGGGCCAUUUGUGUAUCCCACCAUCUGCCAUCUCAAGGAGCUUUAAAAGUCUUAAUGGAAACGUUGGCUUUCUUUAUGCAUAAUCUUUAAAACAAGGCCAUUAAACUCAGAAUGGGUAUGUACUUUUCAAAGAUCUGUUUACCCCUCUGUUAGAGGCGGUGGGUUGAGUGUCUGUUGUGUUUUGGCAAGAUGUGGGCUGGUGGAUUUUCAGGGAGACCCUGGGGACAUGCUCCCUAAAAUAGGACAAAGCAAUCACAGGGCUUCCUGUGCCUCCCCAUCCCCAAAUAGUGCGUCUUAGCAUCAGGAGUGCUGGCAGGGCAUGAUGGAAAGAAGUAGGACUUGUAUCUGAUCAAAAAUCACCAGUGGGUUUCUCUGCAGCACACUGAUGUCACCUGAUGUGGGAGCUGGAGUCAGGAGCCUGACUGAGGUGUGGGUUAGAGGUGGGUGCAUAGGACCAGCUGGGAGAGACCUGGCCACAGGGCACAGUGUCAUAUACAGCACAGCUUUCCACUCCCUGGAGUCUGGGAACAAGGAGGAAAGCCAGCCUCACCCAGCAGUUUCAGAGUGCAAAACGGAGUGUCCUAGGCUCACGUUCCCUAGAUCUACUUGCUCCCAAUAGGCAAAAAAAUGGAAAGUCCUUAUUCCUGGUUAAUUACUGUGCAUAUUUGAAAUAAAGUAUAAACGUUUGCAUUUUUAGCUUUUCAAAGAAUGCCUCUGAAAAAAAUCACUUUAAACCAAUGCCUAUAAAGAGCAAG